CUACGUCAAGACAUUUUCAAACAAUUAUUAUGUCACUGCCAAAUUUUUAUAUAAAAAAAUCCACUUCUAUUUCAGUUUUGUCUUAAAUUUGCAGAACUGCAGAACCGUAGCAUCUCGCUCAAACUAGACAGUGAUACCGACCUUCACUGGUGUUUACCAGAACCUCCAAAUCAAUUCAUUAAUAGCGGUAACCUGUUUUAUCAAUACGAACAAAAAAAUAUAAAUUGCACCAUCCAAAACUUACAUUUGCACCCGUUAGUUUAAAAUUUAUUCGUAACCGGUUCGCGAGUGCGGUGACAUGUUGCUAGUUGCUACUUUAAUCGUCGUUGUAUUUUUGUAUUUUUUUCUAACGAAAAAAGAUGCCCUAGCGAACUUCAUCGAGCCACCAGGACAUUUGAUCUUGGGCCACAUGUUGGACAUGGCAUCCAUCACACAAGUUCUACACACCCUGAAGAAAUUCUUCACCUACGGCAAAACCGUAAAAAUCAGGCUCGGUCCGAGCAUUUUCCCCAUUAGCGAAGCUCUCAUAACCGAAGAUUACAACCUCAUCGAAUUUGUUCUCAGCAGUAACAAGUUUCUCAAAAAAUCUGCCAACUAUUACUUUUUGAGAAGCUGGUUGGGAAACGGUUUGCUAGUGAGCAGCGGCAACUACUGGAAGAAGCGCAGGAAAAUUUUGACCCCAACUUUCCAUUUUGAGAUACUCAGACAAUUCGUCGACGUGUUCGAAUCAGUCGGAAACGUUCUUGUUGACAAACUGGAAAAGUACGAUGGGCUUCCGAGCGUUGAUUUACACCCAUUGGUCUCUUUAUGCACGCUGGACGUUAUUUCUGAAACUGCCAUGGGUACAAAAAUCAACGUACAAAGUGGAGAAAAUUCCCAGUACGUGCAAAGCGUGAAAGAGAUGUGCAGAAUCAUCGUAGAACGAAUUUUUUCACCCAUCAAAUUUUUUGACUUGACGUUCUUCUUGUGCAAGGACUACUACAUUCAAAGGAAAGCGCUGAAAGUUUUGCAUGGUUUUACCAUGGAUGUGAUAAAUUCCAGGCAGAAGACACCCAUUAACACGACAACGAAGAAAAUGGCUUUCUUAGACUUGCUUUUGAAGAUUUCUAGAGACGAGAAUGCUUUAAGUGUGGACGAAAUUCGAGAAGAGGUUGACACGUUCAUGUUUGAGGGACACGAUACAACAGCUUCUGGAAUUUCUUUCACGUUGUACUGUUUAGCUGAACAUUCUGAAGUCCAGGAAAAAGUCCUCGAAGAACAGAAAGCGUUAUUUGGAAACGAAAAAAAUCCAGUGGUUACUUAUUCCGAACUGCAAAGAAUGAAAUAUUUAGAAUAUGUAAUCAAAGAAGCUCUCCGUUUGUAUCCCUCAGUUCCAGUAAUCGGAAGACUGGCACGCGAAGAAACAGAGUUUGAUGGCUAUCUAAUACCCAGUUACACCAACAUCGUUAUCUCCAUUUUUCAUCUACACAGAAAUCCUAAUUAUUUUCCGGAUCCGGAGGACUUUAAACCUGAAAGAUUCGAAAGUUUUGACGGUUCUUUUCCUUAUUCUUUUGUUCCGUUUAGCGCGGGUUCUAGGAACUGCAUCGGGCAAAAAUUCGCCGUUCUGGAGAUGAAAAGUGUUAUUUCGAAAAUAAUUAGACAUUUUGAGAUAAGGCCGACUUUUCCGAAGCACGAACUGGAAUUGUCACUGGCAGCUGUUUUGAAAUCGGAAAAUGGAGUCAAAGUGGUUUUAAAAAAACGAGAUUAGUUUACUAUUUUACUGCCUACUAAAUUGUUUUUACGACAUGGAUUGUUUCAAGGUUUUGUUCUUGGAGUACUUUUCUAGCAGUCAAAAAUGACCCGUUGCUUCAAGCACAAUUCCUGCGUGAUAAUUAGCUAUGCUAAAUACAUUUUUUUAAAUGUUAAUUGAUCUUUAAUUGAUCUGUUACAAACAUUUUAAGAUUCAUUGAUUCACUCUAAUUAGUCUUAUUUUUGUUUACAAUAACAAUAACGCUAAACGUUUAAAGAUUUAAAUAAAGUUCUUGACCUCAAA